CUGGGAACUGUAUUGCCACACGCCUUCUUUUCUCUUCCCUCUUGUUCUGCGCAAGCGUUCUUAGUGCGCGACUUUGGAGAGGCGCUAGUUCGGGUUUGGACUUGGACUGGCUGCCAUCUUAGACGAGGAGUCAUCGCGUCUCUGACUGGUUCAUGUACCUUCUUGUGGUAUGGCUGGUAAUGGGUCAAAAUCAGAGUCUGUCAAUGGAUUACCUGUGAAAUCACAGCUUCAAGUCACUGUUAUUUCUGCAAAAUUGAAAGAAAACAAAAACAAAUGGUUUGGACCUAGCCCUUACGUAGAAGUCUCAGUGAAUGGACAGUCAAAGAAGACAGAAAAAUGCACCAAGACUAAUAGCCCAAAAUGGAAACAACAUCUCACAGUAAUUGUCUCUAAUGACAGCAAACUAACUUUUCGUGUAUGGAAUUACCAGACACUGAAGUCUGAUAUCCUACUAGGAAGUGCCAUUCUAGACAUUGGUGAGACCCUAAAAGCAAACAAUAUGAAACUUGAAGAAGUGAUUGUAAACAUGGAGCUUUUUGGUGACCGAGAACCAAGUGAUGGAAUUGGAGAGUUGUCUGUCUGUCUAGAUGGCAUGCAAGGAGACCCUACUGAUGUUACCUCAAGUAGAAGAAGUCCCAUGCAAAAUGAUGGUUCCAGGCCAAGAAAUGAAAUAAGGAGUAGUACAAAUGGUCCUGAAAGCUGUGAGGCUGCUGGAUUUAGUGAAAGACAAGUGGACAAUGGCAGUGAUUCUCCAGUAAUUGUAAACGGGGCUGUUAAGCCUUCUAGACCUCCUAGACCUUCUCGACCACCUCCACCCACUCCCCGUAGACCCUCUGCUUCACCCGCAGUUGUCAAUGGCCCUACUUCUACAGAAUUAGAAGGAGCUAAUGCAGAAGUAACUCCAACAGCAAACAAUUCAACAUCAGAAGCAAGCUCUGAUGUAGCAACAACAGCAACAGCAGUUCCUGCAAUAGCGCCUUUGACCCCACAGGUUCAGCCAGUAACUCCAGCUCCAAAUCCACAUCCUACUGUUAGUCAAGGUCCUCUUCCACCUGGUUGGGAACAAAGAUUGGAUCAGCAUGGCCGAGUGUACUAUGUAGAUCACGUUGAAAAAAGAACUACGUGGGACAGGCCAGAACCUCUCCCUCCAGGCUGGGAGCGCCGAGUUGACAACAUGGGGCGGAUUUAUUAUGUUGACCAUUUCACCAGAACAACAACCUGGCAGCGGCCAACUUUGGAAUCGGUCCGAAAUUAUGAACAAUGGCAGCUUCAACGCAGCCAGCUUCAAGGAGCUAUGCAGCAGUUUAACCAGAGGUUCAUAUAUGGGAAUCAAGACUUCACACAGAACAAAGAAUUUGAUCCUCUUGGUCCCUUGCCACCUGGAUGGGAAAAGAGAACAGAUAACAAUGGCAGAGUCUAUUUUGUCAAUCAUAAUACACGUAUCACACAAUGGGAAGAUCCCAGAAGUCAAGGUCAGUUAAAUGAAAAACCUUUACCAGAAGGCUGGGAGAUGAGAUUCACUGUGGAUGGAAUUCCAUAUUUUGUGGAUCAUAAUAGAAGAACAACAACAUAUAUAGAUCCUCGUACUGGAAAGUCUGCUCUAGACAAUGGACCUCAGAUAGCAUAUGUUCGUGAUUUCAAAGCAAAAGUGCAGUAUUUCCGGUUUUGGUGUCAGCAAUUGGCUUUGCCCCAGCACAUAAAGAUCACAGUGAGCAGAAAAACAUUGUUUGAAGAUUCAUUUCAACAGAUAAUGAGCCUCAGUGCUGGAGACCUACGAAGACGCUUGUGGGUUAUUUUCCCCGGAGAAGAAGGAUUAGAUUAUGGAGGAGUUGCACGGGAAUGGUUCUUUCUGUUGUCCCAUGAAGUGCUGAACCCAAUGUAUUGCCUGUUUGAAUAUGCAGGGAAGGAUAACUACUGCCUACAGAUAAACCCAGCUUCUUACAUCAAUCCAGACCAUCUGAAAUACUUCCGCUUUAUUGGCAGAUUUAUUGCCAUGGCAUUGUUCCAUGGGAAAUUUAUAGACACAGGUUUUUCUCUACCAUUCUACAAACGUAUACUCAACAAGGCAGUAGGACUAAAAGAUUUGGAAACUGUAGAUCCUGAGUUUUAUAACUCUCUCAUCUGGGUCAAGGAAAACAAUAUUGAAGAAUGUGGCCUGGAAAUGUAUUUUUCAGUUGAUAAAGAAAUUCUAGGUGAAAUAAAGAGCCAUGACUUGAAACCCAAUGGUAGUAACAUUCUUGUUACUGAGGAAAACAAGGAAGAGUACAUUAGGCUAGUAGCAGAGUGGAGGCUUUCCCGGGGUGUUGAAGAACAGACACAAGCAUUUUUUGAAGGUUUCAAUGAGAUUUUGCCACAGCAGUACUUGCAGUACUUCGAUGCCAAGGAGCUUGAGGUACUUUUGUGUGGAAUGCAAGAGAUAGACUUGACUGACUGGCAAAGACAUGCGAUCUAUCGACAUUAUACCAGGACAAGCAAGCAAAUUGUGUGGUUUUGGCAGUUUGUGAAGGAAAUAGAUAAUGAGAAGAGAAUGAGAUUACUACAGUUUGUUACUGGAACAUGUCGAUUACCAGUUGGAGGAUUUGCUGACCUCAUGGGCAGUAAUGGGCCCCAAAAAUUCUGCAUUGAAAAAGUUGGUAAAGAAAACUGGUUGCCUAGAAGCCAUACUUGUUUCAACCGCUUGGACUUGCCCCCAUAUAAGAGUUAUGAACAACUGAAGGAAAAGCUGCUGUUUGCAAUAGAAGAAACAGAAGGAUUUGGACAAGAGUAACCAUUGGUGGGAAUCUGCACCCAAAGAACAUGAAUUUAUUUACACUCUUCUUUGUCUCUGCUGGUUGCACAUAUUGUAAACAGAAAUUAACCUUGAUUUAUUUAAACAGUUGCUAGUGUAUAAGUAAAUGGAUAGUGCUCUGCCAUUUUAUCUCCACUAAUUCUUGAUUUCUUUCAAGUCAUUUUGAGAAAUCCAAAAUGAUCAAUGAAAUCUUCCCUAUCCAGAAGUUUGCUAUACUUCUGUAGCUCUGUCUUGGGUCAUGCUCAUUAACUGGAAUGUGUUCCUGUUUUGUUUCGUUUUUUUAACUGCUCCUUUUCUUUCCAUUUUAGUAGCAGCUUUUUGCUGCUGAUGCACUGGGAAGUUCAUUGGUAGCUGCAGUGCUGCAGCAUCCUAUUUCUAACAGUGCUUUCUUGCAAACAAACUCUGGGGGUGCUGUAAGCAGAUCCAUUGCUUGUGUUCUGUUGUGUAUCCAAGAGAGGCCUGACUGUUUCUGCCCUUGCAAGCCUACUCCAAUGUCAUCUCAGUUCAAAUUGUGUAGAGAGGCAUGUAGAGCUAAUGCACAUAUCUGGAACAUAGCACUUGUAUUUAUUUUUACCAUGAUGAUCACAUUCCUCAGGUUAUCAGUAUAUGAAUGCAGAUCUUUACACUCAGAAGAAUUUUAAUUCAUUUUUCAACUAAUGUAUGCAUUAGUUUUAGUUUUGCUUGUGGUACUUUAGCAAUAACUCUGAAAGAGAGUGCAAGGCCUCUUCAGCUGGUAACUGCUGAAAUUAAUUUCUACUCCUUUUUAUAAGUUAAUGUUUGAAAUAUGGUCAGUUAGUCUUGACUUAGCUCCAGCUUUCUUUGGGAAUGAAGAACUAUGACUUACUAAUUCCUACAAGUGUUCUGCCACUUUAAUUUUACUGGUGUUUUAAUCCUAGGCACACUUGCCUGGGAAUAAAACACACUGAACAUAGUGGAAACUUAUUUCUUAAUACACAUGCAUAGGAUUGUGCUGGAAGGCACUUGAUGUGCAGUAGCUAAAUUCUGGCAGACUUCACAGAUAAUACAUUUUUACAAAUCCAAUAAUGUUUUAGAGCAUGGAAAUUAUGCAUUCUUUAACUUAGCACUUUUUGAAUAGUUUAUUUGCCACUUGUGCACAUAUUUGGUUUAAAAUCUGAUUUGAGUUUCAGUUAUUAUCACAAUCUUCCACUGAAGCCAACAACAGUACUUAAACUACAUUCCCAUAUUUGGAAUGAAAACACUUUGUUCUUGUGCCCAGCUUUCCUGACUUGUAACAUUUCCUUCAGGUUGUAAUUAAUUCCAUGAUGUGCAUGCUGCUCUGAACCUCAGUAGAAGAGAUGGCAACAUUUGAAACAGCAUUAGUGCAUGCUGAUAAAAUAUACGUACUUCCCUUGUUUUACUGUGUGAGAGGAGCAAAAGUCCUUUCAAAGCAAACCAAGAAAGUCAAAGAUCAAACUUACUGGACUUUGUUGUGGUAGCAGAUACCAUCAACCCAUCCAGACUCUGGGAGCAGGGAAGAGGAAAGAUUUUAAUUCAGGGUUAUUGAAAGCUAAUGGGCUCAACCUUUUUGUUUUAAUAAUAGACUGCCUUUAGGACUCUUCUGUAAGGUAAUGUAAACAGUCCAUUUCACCUCAGUUGAUGCUUUCAAGAAUAAUUGAACAUGCUUCCCUUUUCCUUCUCUCCAGUGUGUAUCAAAAGGGAAAUACACAUAGAUUUUUUUUCUGACACAAAUGACAUACUACUUCAGUGAGCUGAAGCACAUAUGAAUACUAGAGAUAAGCCUCCCUAGGGCACUUCCCAGAAUAUCUGAUGUGUGUGUUAGAAAUAGAGCAUAUGGAGGAGAAAAAGGCCUUAGAACUGCUGUGUUUGUUGAUGUUAAUACAUUUUUAUUUAACACAAUACAGAAAAUAAAUCGAAGUAACAAGAAUAAGCUAUGGAAAAUAGUCUACGUUCUACCUAAUGGCUUAUGAUUCAUAUAGAGACCUAGAUAUAUUGUUAAUGUAUAAAUAUCAUUCAAAAGGCUUUCUGCCCUAUAUUUUUAAAAUGAAGGAUAGUUCUAAUUGAAAUAGCUGAAGCCCUAGUUCUAUAGGGCAUGGCUGUUUAAAUAUUUUUACGCCUCUAAUGUUGGUUUAGUUCAGGAAUAAGUAAAUGCUUGUAUAUAUUUUUGCAGUCUGGGGGUCUAGCGUUUUCAAAUUAUUUUAAUUUAAAUGGCUUAUUUGUCUUUACUGCUGUAUUACAGGGGAAAUGGGGCUGGAUAUCCCAAGCACAAGAACGUAUUUUAAACAGUUAAAACUUGAGGAUAUUUUACAAAUGGAGUCUUGACCAUGAAGUAUUGUUAAAAAUAGAUUUAUUGUAAGCAUUAUGCUAGCAAUAUCUCUAAAAUCAGAGUGAAAUUUGCUUUGAAGUCCCUCUGCAUUGUAAAUUCUAAAUGCUGUUCUUAUGCCAUGUUAUGUUGCAAUAAUAAAAGGUCAUUUGAGCAACUGUGGCACUCAUUCUCUUCUCAUUGUGGGAAAGUCAGAGACUUGUGGAAGCACAGUGCGGGCUGCUGGGUGAGAAGCUGGGAUGACUUGGAUGAUAUCAAGAUUUUGCAAAUAUUAGGACUUGCCUGUUUCAAACAAAGUCAUGUGGACAGCAAUAACUACUAUAUUUUUUGUACGCAUCUGAGAACCUCACAAUCUGCCCUGACACAGUAGUUUUUGAAAUUUUGCCUUAUGAAAAUACACAUUUCAACCCACUAAUCUUGACAUUCUCUAAGCCUUAUCUUUCUGAAAAGCUCAGGAUAGAUUGUAUGAAAUUUGAAUUUCCAAAAUUUAGUGUGUGAGGUUUCAAGAUCAACCAUCAUUGUCAUGUAAAAUUCUGGUUCAUGUUCAUCAUAUAUACACACUCCAAUGGGGUUUAAAUUAAAGACCUAAUCAUUGCAUUGGUAUCUCCAGCCCCUUUUGUGGUGAUCUGUUAUGUAUUAUUUUCCAAAAUCAUUGUUUAUAUACAUACAUAUAUAUGUGCCCUAGUUAACUAAUACAUGGACUGUAUUUAGAGCACUGGAUUGUAAAAUGCUGUAUGGGAAUCCCAUUGUCAAGUUUUCCUUGAACUGUACUUUCAAAUACUCAGGUAACUGUAAAAGUCUCUCACCAUGUCAAACUUUUAUAAAAGUACUAAAAAACUGA